AUGACUGUUCAUGAAUUUCUCUUUUUCUCUAUUGGUAUAAAACAGAUUUCUUCUCCUGUUUAUUCCUCCUCACUGAGUACGUCUGGUAGUUUUAUUGAUAAAAUGAAAACCCGAAAGAAAAGGGUAUUGAUUCUGUAUGGGUCUCAAACUGGUACUGGGGAAGAAUUCUCUAAUAGAUUAGCAAAGGACUCAUCUCGUUUAGGACUACCAGCCAUGACCUUUGACCCUGAGGACUGCACUGACUGGGAUGACCUUACUAGAGUAGGACAGGAAGUUGAAGGAUCACUUGUUAUUUUUGUAAUGGCCACUUAUGGAGAGGGAGACCCAACUGAUAAUGCUCAGGAAUUUUUUGACUGGUUAAAAGAAACUACUGAUAAUCUUCAAGGACUAAAAUAUACGGUCUUUGGAUUGGGCAAUAAAACAUAUGAGCAUUAUAAUGAGAUGGGACGUUACGUUGAUCAGAGAUUAGAAGAAUUAGGAGGAGAGAGAAUAUAUGUGAGAGGAGAAGGAGAUGAUGAUGGGAAUAUUGAAGAGGAUUUCAUUACAUGGAAGGAAGGUUUGUGGCCUGAGGUGAUGCAGUAUUUCAAAAUAGAUUCAAGUCAAGCAACAGCUGUUGGUAGAGAGUAUGAGUUCAGUCUUCAUACUGAGAUAUCAACUGAUGAAGUAUUUACUGGAGAACCAAACAGACUAGGAUCAUAUAAGAACCCUCAGAGGAGUAUUGUUACUGUCAUGGUAUCCUCCUUCAGACCACCACUUGAUUACCUUUCGGAGCUAUAGCCAUGGGUACAGGCUUGAUAUUACUCAAUAUCCUCAUCUCCAAAGUUGUAUCCAAAUUCAGUGCAUGUCACUGCUGUACUUGUUGAAUAUUGUACAUCAACUGGUCGGAGUAAGCAGGGUGUGGCUACUAGCUUGUUUGCACGAUUGAAAGAUGUGAGUCCAGAGAACAGAAAGGUUCCUGUAUACAUACGUCACUCGUCUCUGAGGCUGCCAUUCCGUCCGGUCAAUCCUGUCAUUAUGGUAGGACCUGGGACUGGACUGGCUCCUUUUCGUGGAUUCAUACAAGACAGAUCAACUGCAAUUAAAGAAAUUCUGAAUAUUAUAUUUUGGAAGGACAUCAAACUGAGUUCUCUGUCUCUUGUUGUCUGCCUGGUCACGAUGCUCACCCUCUAUCUUGAUACACUGCUACACACUGUUGUUCUUGUGUUGCUGGCGGCCAUGAUUGUCUCUUAUAUUCAUUGUGACAAAGAUUGCCAUUGAUUCUUUCUAUAAUAGACAAAUAAAAAACCCUUUUAAAAUUAACAUGCACCCUUUAGUACUAUAUCCAGUCUCCCAGUACAUGCAACAAGCAUUCUCUGUCUCUCAGUACAGCCACAUUCUCUCAUUAUGUACUAAUUACUCUAUCAUGACAGGAUAUACUGAAGGAAACAAUGAAAAAGAUCUUAGCAGCAGAGGAGGCUGUUCAAAUUGAGAAUCCUGGUCACGAACAUGUAUAUGCAAACAGUGUCAACUAUUACUCCUGUGAUGAACAAAAUGAUAACGAACAAAAUGGUAAUGAAAAAAAAUGGUUUAGAAGGCCAGGACCUUGAAAGUACAUGUACAUGUACUUGGACACUUACAGUUUGUUAUAGAUACUGAAGACCUUACUCUUUCAAUUGAGGGAAACCAAAACUUAGAGAAGCCCUUCUCUGAGCACAUUAAUACAAGCAUCUUGAGCACUGAAGAUGACAAUAUGUUUCCUUUAUCUGUACAAGCAUAUUUGAGACAAGCCAGGAAUGGGUUGUAAAUAAUAUUGAAAUGAGCAAUAAGAACUGAAUUUAAAAAAUACAAAAAUAGGCACAUGACAAUGUUUCAAUUAUGUUUUAUCAUUAUUUUGUAAGAGAUUUUCAAUAAAAAUGUCAUAUUCACCAGUGAAAUCAAA